GCUCCCUUGGUGCUGCCGCGCGCAGCUUUAACCGAUCGGCCGUCGCUCACGUUCAGAGCAUGCCCGCUGCUCCUGAGGUCUGAAGAGAAUCCACAGAAGACGCGCCGUUUGCGCACAGCUGCGUUCGUCCGGUUUCGGUCCAUCUUCUCCAGUCAGCACUGUUCCCCAUAACGACCAUCACCGCGGAAUGGAUUGCUCCGUUUGAUUCCCUGAUUUGGGCAUAUAGCCUGUCCUCUACAUUAGCCCACCCGACCUCAGUGCUCUCAUCUCACGCUGUAUGUUGCCGCUUGUCGGGAUAGACGGGGCAAAGAAAAGUAUGCAAUAAACAAGUGUCAAGUAGCUUCGGGCUGUUCGAUUGGAGGGAAGGAAAAGUUCAAGUUGAAGGAGGAGGAUUAUGCAGUGAGUGCCGCGCAUAGCAGGAAACAGGUGACUGAAGUGGAGAUUGACAUAAGGAGGCCCGCUAGGAGGCCCCUCCAUCGCCCCUCAUCCCCAUCUCCUUCUCCUCUACUUCCAUCUCUUCCCCUGCAUCCCUCCCCCACCCAACCUCAGCAUGGAUCUGAAGGAUCGUAGGCACCGCUCCCUGACGAGGGGUCGCUGCUCCAAAGACUCCCAGUACAACACCUCCUCCCUGGAUGCAGAUGAGUGCCGUGUACCAACUCAGAAGUCCUACAGCUCCAGUGAGACACUCAAGGCCUUCGACCAUGAGCAGAGACUGCACUAUGGUGGGUGUGUGACUGACCUGGUUCACCACGAGGCUGAUGAGUACUCCAGGCAAGGGGGUAACUUCACCCUGGCCGAGCUGGGAGUUUGUGAGCCAACUUCCCCUCCGCACCCUGCUGCCGUUCCCUACUGUCCCGACCUGGGCCUCCUCCAGAGGGGGUACUCCCUCAGCGCUGGCUCUGAUGCCGACUCAGACCCCGAGGGGCCGCUGUCUCCAGAGCGAGCCAUCCAGUUGUGGGCCGGACGAGGAAGGGUGAAGUCUCGCCGCAGCUCAGGUGUGUCCAGUCACGAGAACUCGGCCCUCACCCUCACCGACUCAGAGAAUGAGAACAAGUCUGACGACGAGUCAGAACAGUGGUUGGAACCCCCCACCCCCCAGAGAGCCAUCCUUAUUCUCAUCAAUAGCACUUAG